AUGGCUCUGCACAUUAACAGAGCUCGAAGGUCAUUUAAAAGAGAUUAUUUUCUCUUCGCUGGUCAAGUGCGAGAGAAAAAGGAAAUUUUGCGGUCGAAAGCUCCGUUUAAAAAGCACUCCGUGACUAAGCAAUAUGGUCCGAGCUCUUCCUCGUCGAGAAAAAAUUCCUCCACUUAUCGCCGACGCAAAAUGCAUCUUAUGUACACCCUCACCGCCGAUGGCAAGCGUGCCUACACCUUGAAGAAGGUCAUUAACGGCGAGGUCACCAAGUCCGCUCACCCCGCUCGCUUCUCCCCCGAUGACAAGUACUCUCGUCACCGUGUCACCCUGAAGAAGCGUUACAACCUUCUCCUCACCCAGCAGACCGAGGCCCCUGUUAAGGCUUGAAUGGAUCAACACUGGGAAAAAUGAAUUACCGGGUGGCAUAGCCCAUGUUUUGGCGAAUGGUGUUUUUCUUGCGGUCAACGGAUGGCUGAGAUGUCCAUACAUACUUGUUUUGCUAUCC